AUGUCUCUCUGUCCACCAUUUGCUCCUUUCUUUGGGUUUGCGGGUGUAGCAUCAGCCAUGGUCUUCAGCACCAUUGGAGCUGCACUUGGGACUUCAAAGUCAGGCAUUGGCAUUGCAGGACUUGGAACGUUCAAACCUGAACUCAUCAUGAAGUCCCUCAUUCCCGUCGUCAUGUCGGGAAUUAUUGCUGUAUAUGGACUUGUGGUUUCCGUUCUUAUUGCUGGGUCAUUAAAGCACACAGAGUACUCUCUGUUCGCCGGGUUUACCCACCUCGGGGCUGGCGUUGCCUGCGGUUUCACUGGUCUGGCAGCAGGAUAUGCCAUUGGCUUCGUUGGGGACUCAUGCGUUCGCGCAUAUGUUCAUGAAUCCAAAGUCUUUGUGACGAUGGUACUCAUCCUAAUUUUUGCCGAGGUUUUGGGUCUAUACGGGCUCAUUGUCGCUCUGAUUAUGAACAGCAAAGUGACCAAAUCAGUAUGCUCAUAA